UAUUAUUAUGCAGAUUCAUCCCCGUCGUCCUGUUGGGAUCAUGGAUUUAUAUUUCGACCUUUCCCACAUCUUUCUCACACCCCGCUGGAUUCUGGAAAGGAAGCAAGCCUGGAAUCCAAAAUUUGUCAUUUGCAAUGCAAUUUGUCUCUUCCAAAUCCCAAUUUCCACAUUCCUUGUUAUUUUUUUGACCUUUUGCAAUUCAUCAUGGACUAUAUCUUCUCAACUUAAAUCAAACCUACCAUCAAUACAUAGCAUGUGCUUGUCAGAAUCGGAGACAGCCCCAGCAACCCCUCCCUCUUUGCUCCUAAAUUCAGUCUUUUUCUACUUUCCAGUUUCCACACCCCACUCGGACUCUGCAUUCAAAACAAAACCCCUCUCAUCUCUUUGGCCUCCCCAACUCAGAGCCUCAACCCCUCAUCCCUAAAUUCCCUUCUGUCUCUUUUGUCCCGAAUAAAGUCUCGAGCUUUCCCAUCCCCUCCAAAAGGAAGAAACUUUUCAUUUUCAGCAAUCACAAAAACCAUUAAAAUCGUCAAAGUCAUCAUCUUGGCUUGAUGGGUUUCGAAGGAGCUGAAGAAUCAGGAGGCACUGAGGUGCCCCAAUCGAGAUUCAGGUACAACUCCCCUUUUGUGCAAGUGAGCCUUAUUGGGUUGGUCUGUUUUUGCUGCCCAGGCAUGUUCAAUGCCCUCUCAGGCAUGGGUGGUGGUGGCCAGGUUGACCCAACAGCCUCCAACAACGCCUCCACCGCCCUCUAUACCACCUUCGCCGUCUUCGGCAUCCUCGGCGGUGGCAUCUACAACAUCCUUGGCCCUCGCCUCACUCUCCUCUCAGCCUGCUCCACCUAUGUCCUCUACGCUGGCUCCUUCUUGUACUACAAUCACCACAAGCACCAGGCUUUUGCAAUUGUCGCCGGAGCAAUCCUUGGAGUCGGUGCAGGCCUGCUUUGGGCUUGCCAAGGUGCCAUCAUGACCUCCUAUCCCCCGGCUAAUCGGAAAGGGACAUAUAUUUCCAUUUUCUGGAGUAUCUUCAACAUGGGUGGUGUCAUUGGAGGCCUAAUUCCCUUCGUUCUUAAUUACAAUAGAAGCGAGGCAGCUUCUGUUAAUGAUGCUACUUAUAUUGGGUUCAUGGUUUUCAUGACUGCGGGGACUCUUUUAUCCCUGGCCAUUUUGCCGCCUAGCAAGGUUGUUCGUGAUGAUGGGACUAAGUGUACCAACAUUCAGUACUCUAGUGUUUCAACUGAGGUUGUUGAGAUUGCCAAGCUGUUUGGAAAUUGGAAGAUGCUUCUUAUAAUCCCUGCUGCUUGGUCCAGCAACUUCUUUUACACCUACCAGUUCAACAAUGUCAAUCAGGUUAUGUUUAAUUUGAGGACCAGAGGAUUGAACAAUGUGUUUUAUUGGGGAGCCCAGAUGUUGGGGUCGAUUGGGAUUGGAUACGUAAUGGAUUUCAGUUUCAAGAGUAGGAGGACAAGGGGUUUUGCUGGCAUUACAGUGGUUAGUAUUGUUGGCACUGCAAUUUGGGUUGGUGGGCUUGUCAACCAGCUAACCUACUCUCGCGGUGAUUCUCCAGUGAAGUUGGAUUUUAAGGACUCUGGUUCGGAUUAUGCCGGACCAUUCGUCUUGUAUUUCAGUUUUGGCUUGCUGGAUUCCAUGUUCCAGAGCAUGGUUUACUGGGUUAUUGGAGCCUUGGCUAAUGACUCUGAGACCCUAAGCAGGUAUGUUGGAUUCUAUAAGGGAAUACAGAGUGCUGGGGCAGCUGUUGCUUGGCAAGUUGAUACACACAAGGUGUCCUUCCUCACCCAAUUAGUUACGAAUUGGUCGCUGACUACCGUGAGCUAUCCGUUGUUGGUGGUUCUGGUCUUGCUGGCUGUGAAGGAUGAGAGUAAGGCUGAUCUAGAGGAAAUUACCAAGGAGAAGGAGGCCGCUCCUUCAUUUGCUGAACCUGCCUCAGAAAAGUGAUAACAAUGGGUGGGCUUAGCAGAUCAAUUUAGUCAUAAUUUGGAAUUGUCUUUUCCAUUUUCUCGGGCAUAUAAAGUUUGUAUCACGCUCACACACGUUGGAAUCAUCACAAUUAGUGAAAUAGAUAUAUCAUGUUAAUUGUUCA